AUGUCUUUCAGCGAUCAACAGUGUAAGCAACCAUGCGUGCCACCUCCAUGUCUUCAAAAGAGCCAAGAAAAGUGCCAGGCACAAGCUGAGGAUGUAUGUGUCCCCUCAUGUCAGGACCCCUGCCAAGAUAAAUGUCCACAGCAAGCUCAAGAGGUAUUUGUUCCUCAGUGCCAGGAGUUAAGCUCAGGAAACUGCCCACAACAAGGCCGAGAGCCAUGCCUACCUCCAAGCCAAGACCAGUGCCUGCCUCAGCUUGUGGAGCCAUGCCAGGAUUUGGCCCAAACAAAAUGUGUGGAAGAGUUCCCACAGAAGAUCCAAGAGAAGUGUCCGUCCCAGGGCAAAGCAAAGUAG